AUGGGUUCCUACAACAUAAACAUGAAAACAUUAGAACCCCAACAAGAUUGGGUAAGAGAGUUCAUAAAAGAUGAUCCUCGGGAAUGGGAAACAUACUCUAAGAACUGCAUGAAUUAUCAGCAGAUCUUGAUUGAUGAAACUAGAAUUUUCAAGCAGCACUCAAAUGAAAUUGAAGGUGCCCACCUUAUCCAGCAGAUUUUGGGCUGUGAAUGGGACGAUGAGACCGAAAAGAUUAAUGGUUUUAAUCUAUUUGGAUAUAAUGGAGAAGACUUCAUUGCCUUUGACCUUGAGACUGGGACAUGGAUCACUUCAAAUGUGGAGGCUGAAAUCACCAAACAAAAGUGGAAUGGAAACAUCGCCAAAAAUAGUUUACUGAAGUACUUUUUAAAAAAUAUGUGCCCUGAUGGGAUGAAGAUACCUUUGAACUAUGCAAAACAUUUUCUGAAUAGAAAAGUUCCUCCCUCAGUGUCUCUCCUCCAGAAGACUCCCUCGUCUCCAGUCAGCUGCCACGCAACAGGUUUCUAUCCUAACAGAGCCGUGAUGUUCUGGAGGAAAGAUGGAGAGGCGAUCCAUGAGUAUGUGGACCACAAAGAGAUCCUAUCCAAUCAUGAUGGGACCUUCCAGAUGAGAGUUGACCUGAACAUUUCAUCAGUCACACCUGAAGACUGGUGUAGAUACGACUGUGUGUUCCAGCUCUCUGAUAGUGAGGAUGACAUCAUCACCAGACUGAAUAAAUCAGUGAUCAGAACCAACUGGAGGAAAACUGAAUUAAGAAAUGAAGGUGAGAAAUCUGUUAGUCAGUUAACACAUGCAGGUGACUGCCUUCAAGGUGGAUGUCCAGUCACCAGCUGCUUAAAAUGA